AUGCCCAAAGGCAAUGCGCUCAACACACCCAAAGGCAAUGCUCUCAGCACGCCCAAAAACAAUGCUCUCAACACGCCGAAGGGAGUUCCAUCCAGUGUUUCAAAGGGAUCCACUUCCAACACCCCGAAGAACACUCCUCCCAGCACUGUUCCAUCGCGCUUGCUCUCUCCGCCCAGUUCUCUCACGCGCGUUCCUUCCUUCAACGCCUCCGCCUCCGCUUCCGUCUCUGCCUCCACAGCCCCCUCCGCCUCCCCUUCCGCCAAAUCUCCCACCUCCCAAAGUGCCUCUCCGCGUGCUCUGGGGCCAGCACCGGCCAUUCCCUCCGCCGCUCCCUCGUCUCGAAUCAAUCACAUGCCCACCACGCCGUCGCCUCCUCCCGCCCCGCCGUCUUCGCCUGCUGCUUCCAGCGUCUCCAAGCCCGCUUCGAACUACGACAUCACGCAAACUUACCGACACUUCACCUCGGAUCAGCUCGUGAGCGAGUGCCAGCGACGCGGCAUCACCGCGGUGGGAUCGCGAACCGACAUGAUCGAGCUGUUAGUCAAAGACGACAUCGCCAAAUCCGAUAAAGCCGUGCCGUCUUCGCGCUUGGAAGGACUGAUUCAGCUGAAGAACGAGGACGAAGAGCGGCUUCGCCAGCUGCGCCAAGAGGAAGAAGAGAAGAAGAAUCGGCUUCGCGAGGGCGGACGUUCGGGUUCUCCGGUCUCUCCCUCCAUCGCCAAUCUCAAAAACUUCUUCCAAGGACAGUCUUCCUCUUCUUCGUCUCCACGCCCUGCGUCUUCUCGCCUGACUCCCUCCUCGCCUCGUUCUUCGCCCCAGGCAUUGAAUCGUUCUUGGAACGGAUCGGCUUCGCCGCGCGUCGCUCCCACCCCCGUCAAAUCCACGCCUGCCGCCACGCCCAAGUCCGUAACGCCCUCCAAGCCCGCCAUUGCCGCCACUCCCACGAAGCUCCCCGUCCAGCAGCCCGCCAAAUCCCCCGUCGCCUCUGCGUCCAAGUCGCAAACGCCCUUGAAGCCGGCCGUCUCGCCGACGCUUGCCAAAGCGCCCGUAACUCCAGCUUCGUCGCAGACGCCGCCCAUCCCGCCACCACCGACCCAAUCCAAGCACAAAGUUAAUGAGGCCAUGCAGAAGGGCGCGGCGUCCCCGGUGCGCGUGGCAUCGCCGCAGAAAGCGCCGCAACGCGUGAUCAAUCCUGCGCCGCAGCCACCGCAACCGCCGCAGCCACCGCAGCCCAGGGAAGAGGAGUGGGAGGAGAGGGAGUGUGUGAGGUGUAGAGUGGAAACGUGGUACGAGGGGAAACUGCUGGAUGAGUAUUUGCGGAGACAGCAAUUCAUUCAGGCUGAUAUUAUAUUCGCGCCGAUCGAGACGUGCGAUCUAAAGGAUAUCUUCCCGAACGACAGACACAUUCCAAAUGCACGUGGUUCCUCGGGGAACUGGGAGAAUGAGCCGAUGAGUGAAGUGACGCGAAUGAGUCUUGCCAAGAUCGAAGCGGAUGAUGUUUGA